AUGGAGGAGAAGAGGAGAGAGUUCACAGCAAAGAAGAAAGAAGUGAAGAAAGAAGAGCCAAAAGCGGAGAAGAAAGAUGGCCCAAAAACUGAGGCUCCAGCAGAGCAGGUGCCAGGAGGUAAGAAUAAAGGGGAUCCCUCCACACAGUCAGAUGGAAUCUUCAUCAAGAAGCCAGAAAAUAUACUGAUACAUUGCGGCGGUGAUGUGUCUAUCAACUUGCAGCUGGAUGGGGCUCGGCUCCCUUGCAGUCCCUCGAUCAAAUGGUUCAAGGGGAAGUGGCUGGAGUUGGGCAUUAAGAGCGGGCUACGGUUCCAGUUCACAGAGAACUUUGACAAGGAUAAAAAUAUUUACACCUAUGGGCUGAAAAUUGGGAAAGUAGUAAUUGGAGACCGGGGUGACUAUCGCUGUGAGGUGACAGCAAAGGACAUUUUUGACAGCUGUGUCUUCAAUAUUGAUGUGGAAGCACCAAGAACCGAAGAAACCGGCAAUAUUUUACAAGCAUUCAAACGGACUGGAGAAGCCAAAAGUGAUAUUGCCGGAGAGCUGGAUUUCACCAGCUUGCUUAAGAAGAGAGAAGUGCAAGAAGAAGAGAAGAAAAAGAAGAAAAAGGAUGACGAUGAUGAUAUGGGGAUCCCACCAGAGAUCUGGGAGCUGCUUAAGGGUGUGACCAAGAAAAGCGAGUAUGAGCGCAUUGCCUUACAAUAUGGUAUCACUGAUCUACGUGGCAUGUUGAAAAGGCUCAAGAAAGCCAAGGUGGAGAUCAAGAAAAGUGCAGCCUUCAUUAAGAAACUGGAUCCUGCCUAUCAAGUUGACAAAGGCCACAAGAUUAAGAUGUGGGUGGAGGUGAGCGACCCUGACAUACCUAUCAAAUGGCUGAAAAAUGGGCAAGUGAUCAAGCCCAGUGGCAAGUACAUCUUUGAGAAUGUGGGCAAGAAACGUAUCAUGACGAUCACCAAGUCCACCCUGGCUGAUGAUGCAGCCUACGAAUGUGUGGCUAGGGAUGAGAAGUGCUUCACGGAGCUCUUUGUAAGAGAGCCACCUGUCCUGAUCAUGAGUGGCCUGGAUGACCAGCAAGUAUAUGUGGGAGACAGGGUAAUAAUGGAAGUAGAGGUAUCUGAGGAAGGAGCCCAGGUAAUGUGGUCGAAGGAUGGUGUGGAGUUGAGUCGUGAAGAGACCCUCAAGAACUUUCGCUUCAAAAAGGAUGGCAAAAAGCAUAUGCUCAUAAUCAGUGAGGCUACCAAGGAGGAUGCUGGGCGCUACCAGGUUGUAACCAACGGGGGCCAAUCAGAGGCAGAUCUUGCAGUUGAAGACAAACCGCUCGAAGUAAUUCAAGAUAUUGCUGAUCUGACCGUCAAGGCCACUGAGCAAGCUGUCUUCAAGUGUGAAGUGUCUGAUGAGAAGGUGACUGGCAAAUGGUACAAGAAUGGAGUUGAGAUCCGACCCAGUAAACGCAUCACAAUUUCUCACAAGGGCAGGGUCCACAAGCUGGUCAUUGAUGAUGUGAGACCUGAAGACGAGGGAGAUUACACCUUUGUCCCUGAUGGAUAUGCUCUUUCACUUUCUGCUAAGCUCAACUUCUUGGAAAUCAAGAUUGAGUAUGUCCCUAAGCAAGAACCCCCCAAGAUCCACUUAGAUUGUGGAUCAGGGAAAACAAAUGAAAACACAAUUGUGGUUGUUGCUGGGAACAAACUACGCCUGGACGUGAACAUCACUGGAGAACCAGCACCAACGGCAACUUGGAUGAAGGGUAAUGAAAUUUUUUCAGAGAAAGAUGGCCGGGUCCGUAUAGAAGAGCGGAAAGAGCUGAGCAGUUUUGUGAUAGAAAGUGCUGAGCGCUCUGAUGAAGGAAAUUACACUAUCAAGGUGACUAAUCCGUUGGGCGAGGAUGUUGCCUUUCUCAACAUCAAAGUUGUGGAUGUUCCUGAUCCUCCUGAAGCUGUGCACGUCACUUCUGUGGGAGAGGACUGGGCCAUUUUGGUGUGGGAACCACCCACGUAUGAUGGUGGUAUGCCCAUUACUGGGUACCUGAUGGAGCGCAAGAAGAAAGGUAGCCUGCGCUGGAUGAAACUGAAUUUUGAAGUAUUUACUGAGCUGACUUAUGAGUCCACCAAGAUGAUUGAAGGGGUGCUCUAUGAGAUGCGGGUCUUUGCCGUCAACGCCAUUGGAAUCUCUCAGCCCAGCCAGAAUACCAAACCUUUCAUGCCUAUCGCCCCCACCAGCGAGCCCCUUCAUCUCACCUUGGAGGACGUCACAGACACAACAGCCACCCUGAAAUGGCGUGCGCCAAACCGAAUUGGUGCAGGGGGCAUUGACGGCUACCUCAUUGAGUACUGCAAGGAAGGAACUGAUGAAUGGAUACCUGCUAACACAGAGCUGGUGGAACGCUGUGGCUUCACUGCCAAAGGACUUCCGACAGGCGAGAAGCUUUUAUUUCGGGUCAUUGCAAUCAAUAUUGCAGGCCGGAGUCAACCAGCCACUUUAGCACAGCCUGUCACCAUUCGUGAGAUUGUUGAACAACCCAAGAUCCGUCUCCCUCGCCAACUCCGACAGACAUUCAUCAAGAAAGUUGGGGAGCAAAUCAACCUGGUGAUCCCAUUCCAGGGUAAGCCUCGUCCUAAGGUCACCUGGUCAAAGGAUGGGCAACCUCUUGAUGCCAAGGAGAUCAACAUCCGCAUUUCUGAUUUUGACACCAUCCUCUUCAUCCGCAAAGCUGAGCGAUAUCAUUCAGGCCUCUAUAAACUCUCAGUUCAGAUUGAAGGCAUGGAGGACAGUGCUGACAUCAAGAUCCGGGUUGUAGAGAAGCCAGGUCCAGCACACAAUGUUCUGGUGAAGGAGGUAUGGGGCUUCAAUGCCUUAGUAGAAUGGGAGCCUCCCAAGGAUGAUGGGAACUCAGAGAUCACUGGCUACUCCAUCCAAAAAGCUGACAAGAAGACCAUGGAAUGGUUCACUGUAUAUGAACACAACCGCCUUACCCGUUGCACAGUGUCUGAUCUCAUCAUGGGCAAUGAAUACUACUUCCGGGUCUACAGUGAGAAUAUCUGUGGGCUCAGUGAGACUCCUGGGGUCUCCAAAAACACUGCAAACAUUCAGAAAACUGGAAUGAUCACUAAAAAGUACAGCUAUAAGGAACAUGACUUCAGCAUGGCCCCCAUGUUCUUGACUCCACUGGUAGACCGGACAGUAGUGGCUGGAUAUACCACUGCCCUGAAUUGUGCGGUGAGGGGACAUCCUAAACCCAAGGUAAUCUGGAUGAAGAACAAAAUGGACCUCAGUGGGGAUCCCAAAUUUCUGCAGAAAAACAACCAAGGAGUGUUGACUCUCAAUAUCCGUAAACCAAGUUCUUUUGACAGUGCUGUCUACUCCUGCAAGGCCAUCAAUGAAUUGGGCGAGGCCAUAGUGGAGUGCAGGCUGGAAGUCAAAGGUGAUUUGGGGGUGAAAAAGACAUGGGUUGAAAUGUAUUGA